AUGUUGUUUGGGAUCCUUACUCUUCUCUCUGGGCAGGUGCUCGCCUCUUCUUCACAUAUAUCUAUCAGGGCCGGCCAGGCAUCACCUCAAGCAUAUGCUUCCUCUUCGGACCUCAAAUACAAGUUAAGCGCCGUUGAUGCUCCCGUGUCUGGUAAGGGUAACCCCGGGGGUACAUCAACAUGGGAUUUGAGCAUCGAUGAUACGGAAUCUGGGUAUAAGCAGAAGAUCAAUGGUUUUGGAGGCUCUAUAACAGACGCAACUGUCACCGUCAUCGACGCACUCUCCAAUGAUAAGCGAUCUCAGCUUCUAAGAGAGUUAUUUACAUCAGACGGAGCCAGCUUCAGCUUGUUGCGUCAUACUAUUGCUGCAUCGGACUUAUCAGGACCGCCCGCAUACACGUACGAUGAUAAUAACGGUAAUGCGGAUUCGGACCUUGGUAGCUUCAACCUGGGAGAUAGAGGAGCGGCAAUGGCGAAAUUGCUGAGCGAGAUAAAAGGUAUCCGCUCCGACGCUACUAUCUUCGGAAGCCCGUGGAGUGCUCCGGGCUGGAUGAAACUGAAUAGGGUUCUCACCGGGAAUGCCGACAACAACUGGCUUGAUUCGCAAUACUAUAGCCAAUAUGCUCAGUAUUUUGUGAAAUAUCUUCAAGCAUACGCAGGGCUAGGCGCCACGAUUGACGCCAUUACCAUCCAGAAUGAGCCUUUGAAUAAUCAAGGAGGCGGUCACGUAACAAUGUAUCAAACUGCCGACGAAGCUGCUAAAGUAACGCAUGACUACAUCGGGCCAGCUCUACGGGCAGCCAACUUGAACACGCAGAUCUGGGCAUACGAUCACAAUACGAACAUGCCUAGUUACCCGCAGACCGUGAUCGACGUAGCCGGCGAAUACGUUCAAGCAGCCGCGUGGCACUGCUACGCGGGUGAUCUAGACUGGACCGUUCUUAGCGAUUUUCACAACGCAAACCCUAACAAAUCCCAAUAUAUGACGGAAUGUUGGACUUCUCCGCAGACUUCGUGGUAUCAAUCUUCUAAGAACACGGUUGGGCCGCUACAGAACUGGGCCGAGGGUUCGUUGAUGUGGACUCUGGGUACUUGGACUGAGGCGGCUGACGGCACCUUCGGUCCAUAUAUCCAAGGAGGUUGUGGGACGUGUCGCGGUCUGUUCGUUGUAGACCAGAACGCAGGCACGUACGAGUUCACCGUCGAUUAUUAUAUGUUGGCGCAGUACUCCAAGUUCAUCCCUAAGGGCGCUACUAUCCUAAGCGGAUCUGGUAGCUAUAGUUACGACGGGUACUCAGGCGUGCAGUCAGUCGCAUCGAAGAACCCAGACGGUACGCGUACUGUUGUAAUCGAGAACACGUUCAACAACGAUGUCUAUGUUACCUUGAAUACCACUAGCGGUCAGACUUGGAGCGGUAAUAUCCUAGCGAAUAGUGUUACCACUUGGAUCUUGCCGUAA